AAGGCCGUUAGUAUACAGGCCCAAUGGAAUAACUCAACUUGAAAUCGCUCCUGAUCCGGCCACCUCCAAGUGAGCGCGCGAAGAUGUUACUUUGCGGAGGCCAUAGGUUCAAUGUAUUGGCGCCAAUCCCAUUCUCUUUUGGGACUUUCAUCAAACACCUUGCAACUUCAAAAUGCUCAAAGCUUUCACUGAGCACAAAAUCAUUUACUACCGCCGCUAGCGCAAACGUCUUCAGCUCCUCCCGUUUUGAAGCUCUAAACUCCCGUCAAAAAGAACAAGUUCAUCUCUACAUCGAUUCCCUCCUCGAAUGGAACCAGAGAAUGAAUCUGACUGCCGUAAGGGAGGAGAGUGAGGUCAUGGAAAGGCAUGUUGAAGACUCGCUUUCAAUAAUAGAUCCAAUUCGGACUUCGUAUCUCUCACAUUGUGGAGCUUCAUCAGAGAAUCUCAAUCUCGUCGAUGUUGGAAGUGGUGCGGGGCUUCCUGGAGUAAUUUUGGCCAUUGCUUGCCCUGGUUGGAAAGUGACGCUUCUGGAGUCUAUGAACAAGCGUUGUUCCUUCCUGGAGCAUGUGGUAAGUCAGAUAGGUCUAUCAAAUGUUCGAGUUAAAAGAGAAAGAGCUGAGAAGUUAGGACAAGACAUCAGCUUCAGAGAGUCUUUUGAUGUUGCAGUUGCUAGAGCAGUUGCAGAAAUGAGAAUUUUAGCUGAGUAUUGCCUUCCUCUAGUCCGGACUGGUGGUAUCUUUGUAGCUGCAAAAGGUCAUGAUCCUCAGGAGGAAGUACAAAGUGCAGAGAGAGCAAUACAACUGAUGGGAGCCUCUCUAUUGGAAAUUCGGUGUGUUGAUUCCCACAGUAAACAUGGACAGAGAACUGCAAUAAUUUGUUUGAAAGAUAAACCUACCCCCAAGAAAUAUCCUCGAGAUCCAGGAACUCCAGCAAAGGUUCCACUUUGAGAGAAACAGCCAUAUCUCCUUAUCUCCCUAUUGUACAGCUAAUGUAUGAUAGAGGGAAAUUUGUAUUUCAGUAUCCUUUCUCUCGAGUUUAGAAGCAGAAACACUGUAAUCAAAGAUGGCUGGAAACAACACUAUUAGUUCCCUUGACUUUUUGCUUACCUCACACAGAUUUCGCUUCAUUUCUAUCCAUUAAGAUGUAUAUUAUAACCCCACAGUUAUUUUUAUUAUUUUGUCUUCUUGCGGUUUUGAAUUUACAACUUCUGUU